AUGACAGUCAACGGCGUGAAUACGCUCACCAACUAUGUGGCAUACUCGGAGCCCAACAGCGGCCCGAGAAUUGGCCAUCUCGACUUCGAGACCUCGACUAUCACCCCUCUUUCCUUCAAGUCUGGCACCCCAUUGACAGAUCUUUAUCAAGUGAUCGCGGCCGGCGAACACGGAAUCACGGCAUUCGGCGCGCAAUCUUUCCCUCUUUCUAGCGUCAAGCACCUCCCUCCAAUUUCAGGUCGGGACGUGCUUGCUGUUGGGAAGAACUACGUCGAACAUGCCCGUGAAUUCAACUCCUCUGGUUAUGAUGCCAGUGAUAAGACCGACCAGCCUACGCACCCGGUGAUCUUCACAAAGCGUGCGACUUCCAUAAUCGGCCCCGAAGACCUUGUUCUGCUGCAUCCAAACUUUACCAGCACACCCGACUACGAGGGUGAGAUCGGCAAUGCUUUGGACUACGUCUGGGGCUAUACCAUAAUCAACGAUAUGACUGCACGCGAGCGCCAACGUGACCACAAGCAAUUUUUCCUGGGCAAAUCCCCUGAUACGUUCUGUCCAAUUGGACCCGUUGCUGUCCCCAAGGAAAGCCUUCCAGAGAACCUGAAGAUCCAGACCUUCGUCAACAAGGAGAAGCGCCAAGAGGCCACACUUCACGAUCUGAUAUUCAACGUUCCUCACCUGAUUGCGACUAUCAGCGCUGGCCAAACACUACAAGCCGGCGACGUUAUCGCCACUGGUACCCCUGCCGGUGUCGGGUUCGGUUUCAGGCCCAUGAAGUUCUUGCAGCCCGGAGAUGAAAUCAGUGUCUCCGUGACAGGACUAGGAACCCUGAGAAAUCAGGUUGCUGCUCCUGACGCAGUCAACACCACCUCCGAGCGCGCCCAGUCCCACAUUCCCAUCGCUAAUGAAAAGGCGCCCUCCAAUGCGGGAUUGACAAAUGUCAACGGCAAGAAGCUCUUUUACCAACGGCUGGGUGUUGAAACAGGUCCGCCAGUCUUCUUAAUUCAUGGACUGGGUGGAUCCACAAGUUACUUCUACCCCCUUGUUGCGAAGCUUCAGUCCACACAUUCCUUGCAUCUUAUGGAUCUAGAAGGACAUGGCCUUUCUCCAACAUCGGCACUCAGCACCCUUUCCAUCGCCUCUUUUGCAGACGAUUUCUACCAGCUCUCCAAAGUGGCUGGUGUGAACGAGGGCGUUACCGUGAUAGCCCACUCAAUGGGCUCUCUUGUCGCUUUCAAGCUUGCUCUGGAACAUCCUGACCUUGUGUCCAAACUGAUCCUAAUGGGUCCCCCACCGAGCCCAUUGCCGGAAGCAGGCAGCCAAGGAUCUUAUACCCGAGCCGCCCUUGUUCGAAAGCAGGGAAUGUUGGCGGUUGUUGAUGCAAUCACACAAGCUGGAACUUCGGUCUUCGUUCAGCAGAACAACCCGCUGGCUAUUGCCGCGGUGCGCACUUCUCUUCUCAGUCAAGAUGCCGAAGGAUAUGCCAAGGCAUGCGCGGCACUUGCUGGAUCUGCUGUCGAAUCACUGGACGUUAAGAGUCUGCGUAUUCCAGUUUCCUUUGUUACGGGCGAGGAGGACAAGGUCAGCCCUCCGGCUCUCUGUCAGAAGUACUCCGAGGCAACAGGAGGUGGAAAUGUUCAGGUUCUCAAGGAUGUGGGGCAUUGGCAUUUGUUUGAAGAUGUUGAUAGAACUGUGCAGGCCGUUCUGGCGCAGAUUUGA